AUUUUUCAUUCGAUCCCGUCCCCUUCCCUUCCCCCACCCCUCUGCGCUUGGCAGUAACGCUACGGCGAAGAUGCUGGCGGAGAGGAAAGGGUGAAUGCAAUAGCAAGAAAGCUGCACGGGCAAGACAAAGAACCUGGGAUGUGGAUGCCGUUUGUCAGCAUUUUUAUCCUCAUGAAUUAUCCAGAAAAGGGAAGCCUCCCCCUUGUCGCUUUGGAAGGAGGGCUGGCAUCAGCGGAGUUGCUUUAAAGAAAGUAUCGGUAGCGAGAAAGGAUGUGUAACUGAGCAGACAAUCUUUCGAGCGCCGUUGAAGGCGCCACGCUGGGACUUAAUUCUUCUGCUCAUCUUCUACCUUUUGCGGAGUGACACGUUUGCCUCCUCCGCGCGUUUCCAUUUGUUCUGUUUUCUUUCUUCAGAGAUAACAAUUCUGUAAAUGUUUAGCAUUUGGCUGACUUGCUACUUGCCUUUGGGGACAAUCGUUCUGGCGUUUUGUGAAUCGGCUGGCGGGACCCGGCUGAGUCCCGAGAACAGUUUGAUAUGGGGGCCUGGCCUCAGAGCAGAUGUUGUCCUUCCUGCUCGGUAUUUUUAUGUUCAGGCUGUGGACCCCGAAGGGAAAAGGUUUACUGUCUCUCCAGGUGAAAAUGCAUUUCAAGUGAAGAUCACAGCUCCCGAGGAGCAAUUUACACGGGUGGGAGUACAAAUAUUAGACAGGAAAGAUGGCUCCUUCAUCAUCAGGUACAGAAUGUACGCAAGCUACAAAAACUUGAAGAUCGAGGUUCAAACCAAAGACAAGCACAUUGCCAAAUCUCCAUAUAUCCUAAAAGGACCUGUCUAUCAUGAGAACUGUGAUUGCCCUCAGGAAGAUGGAAGUGCUUGGCUGGAAGUGAUGAGCUGCCCUCAAGCCAUUCCGCAGAUUCAGAGAGAUCUGGCAAAUUUUCCUACCGUUGACCCUGACAAAAUUGCCAAAGAAAUCCCACAACGUUUUGGGCAGAGGCAGAGCUUGUGCCAUUACACCAUAAAAGACAACAAGAUUUACAUAAAGACCCAUGGUGAACAUGUAGGCUUUAGGAUUUUCAUGGAUGCUAUCCUUCUUUCUUUGAUUCGGAAAGUGAAAAUGCCAGAUGUAGAGUUUUUUGUCAAUUUGGGAGACUGGCCUUUGGAGAAAAAGAAAUCUACUCAGGACAUCCAUCCCAUAUUUUCCUGGUGCGGAUCCAAUGAUUCAAAAGAUAUUGUAAUGCCAACCUAUGACCUGACAGAUUCCGUUUUAGAAACAAUGGGCCGAGUCAGUCUGGACAUGAUGUCUGUUCAGGCAAACACGGGGCCACCUUGGGAAGAGAAGAACACCACAGCAAUAUGGAGGGGUCGAGACAGUCGUAAAGAAAGGCUUGAAUUUGUGAAAAUGAGCAGAAAAUUCCCAGAAAUCAUUGAUGCAGCAUUUACAAACUUCUUCUUUUUCAAGCAUGAUGAAAGUCUCUAUGGCCCCAUUGUGAAGCAUAUUUCCUUUUUUGAUUUCUUCAAGUAUAAAUACCAAAUUAAUAUUGAUGGCACAGUGGCUGCAUACAGACUGCCUUAUUUGCUAGCAGGAAACAGCUUAGUACUCAAGCAGGACUCUGUCUACUAUGAGCAUUUCUAUAAUGAACUACAACCUUGGAAGCACUACGUUCCAUUUAAAAAUGACCUCAGUGAUCUCUUGGAGAAACUGCAAUGGGCAAAAGACCAUGAUGAAGAGGCAAAGAAUAUUGCAAAAGCAGGACAAGAAUUUGCAAGAAAUAAUCUCAUGGGAGACCAUAUAUUCUGUUAUUACUUCAAACUUUUUCAGGAAUACGCCAAACUACAAGUGAGUGAGCCCAAAGAGAGAGAUGGCAUGGAAAAAGUGGAACAGCCUGAUGAUGACCUUUUUCCCUGUAGCUGCCACCGAAAAAAGGUCAAAGAAGAACUUUAACAGGAAGAAAGAAAACUAAUGUUUACACUAUUUGGAUUUCAAUAUCUUCAGAGAAUAAAAAAAUACAAGGUGUGCAAUAGUCUGAAUGCCUUCUAUUGUGCAUGCAGUAUUACUAAAACUUGGGUUUUAUAAUUUUUUAAAAUA